CCUAACCCUAACCUCGGGCACUGGGUGUUUACGAAGCACCUGCUUCCCCUGAUGUUGCAGACCGCCAAGACACUCACACCGGGCAGCGUGCGCAUCGUGAACCUCACUUCAUCCGGUCACCUGGCUGCCCCCAAGAGCGGGAUAAAUUUCAACGACCUCUCGCUCAAGGCCAGCGGCCCAUGGGCGCGGUACGGACAAAGCAAGCUGGCCAACAUCCUGCACGCCAAGACUCUACACACGACGUACGGCCCCGGGUCUCCCAGUGCACGAAACGGCGAGGGCGAAAUCUGGCUUUCGUCUGUGCACCCGGGUAUCGUCGAGACAAAUCUUGCUAAUUCAGUAGAAGACUCAGGAUCGAGCAUAAUGAGUGUUUUCUCCCUCUUGCGUGUGUCUGGAUUCUUAUGGCCUGCCGACAAGGGGUCGUGGAAUAGUUUGUUCUGUGCGGCGAGUCGGGACAUGAAGGCGGAGCAGAGCGGCGCGUAUCUUGAAAUCUUCGGCCGAUUUCUGGAGCCUAAGUGGCAGAGCGGUGCGGCGAAGGACGUGAAACUUGCAGAGAGAUUGGAAGAAUGGACUGGUGAGGUGAUGAGGAAGGAAGGGUGGGUUCGGUAAUGGCGUUGACUGGUUUCGGUCAUUUUUGAUAUUCUUGUAGAAUUUGUUUUUAUAUUGGUAUAUACCUGUUCAUAUCUCAAUGUUCAAUUCAUCUACAUUUUUGCUCGCUUGACUCUUUAGUCUUAUUGUCUCGAGCUUUAUAUCCUAUGAAUUUCUUCUAUCUAUUAUUCAUCUGUUUGUAUUUAAAUGAUAAAAGCCAUCAGACCGACAGCGAACAUG